AUGAAACGUAGCACCCGUCGACGCAGGAAACAUGCAACGGUGGAGGAGGAAAUUACAGUUGAAGGUGAAACUACUACUGGUCCUUCAGCAGAUAUCAGAAAUAUUAGAAGAGCUCCAACACGUCGUAGAAGAGGAGGCAGACCAGUAAGUGGUGAAAUGGAAAGACUGAUCUCAGAAUAUGUAAAUUACGUCCGAACAAUGGGAGUUGCUGGCUUACGACGAGAAUUCGCAGAACUGAAAAUGUAUGUGCCUACAAAUAAUGCACAUGAAGCAUUUGCUGCAAAUCAAACUAGAAACCGGUAUAGAGAUGUGCCCUGUCUUGACGUUACAAGAGUGGUAUUAACGUUAAAUGUUCCACCUGAAACAGAUUACAUACAUGCAAAUUGGAUGAAAAUGGAAGGAUGUAAUCAUAAUUAUAUUGCUACGCAGGGACCACUUGAAUCAACAGUAAGCGAUUUUUGGCGUAUGGUACAUCAGGAACAGAUUACAACAAUCAUAAUGUUGUGCAAAACAAUGGAAGACAGCAAACCCAAAUGUUUUCAAUAUUGGCCAGCAGAAAAUGGCGAAAAUAAAACUUAUGGAUGCAUGUUUGUAAUGAACAAAAGGGUUCGAUUAUCUGAACAUGAAGACAGAUUCGAAACUUAUCUUCUGGAAGUGCUACCAGAAGGUUGUUCAAAUUCAACUAUCGUAAAGCUUAUACACAUGACAGAUUGGCCAGAUCGUGGCGUACCACAAAGUGGAAUGACCGUUCUCAGGCUAAUAAGAAUGAUGCCUAGCUCUUCCACUAGCAUAAUUCAUUGCUCUGCUGGUAUUGGCCGUACCGGAACUGUAGUUGCAAUUGACACAUUACUGUCACGUCUUUGGAAAAAUCAACCAUUAAAUGUCGCGCAAGUGGUCAAAGAAAUGCGGAAUCAACGUGCAUCAAGUGUACAAAAUGAAGCACAAUACAUGUUUAUCUAUACAACUGUGCUGGACUACAUCAAAGUAUUAAUAAAAAAGCAUUUCAAAGUGUUAUCAAUGAUACAAUUAAGACUACAAAUAGUUUUUAGUGAAUAA